GCGUGUGACUAGAGGUGGUGGUCAAGUAAUUAGCCAAUAACGACCAGGGGAUGUCGUCCACUUGUUUGAACACUCUUUUGUAACCCCCGUGUUCUCCUUGAGUGUGACGUUUUGGUUGUGUUUCGUUAAUUAGACAAGUUUUUAUUUUUUUAAAGUUUAAGUGGAACAAAAUAUUAGUUAGGGAAGAAACAUAGAGAAACAUAAGAGACGAUUUAAAGAGACAUACUUUUGUAACGUAAACAAAUGUGCACGUUUAUUUGAUAGAAUAGACGAAUUUAUAGGCAGGUUUUGUAACAACAUUAGAGGACAACAAUUAUCUAAGAAUUCAAAAACAACAAAAAGUAGAUUCAAAAUGAAGAAGGAAAUAUUAUCGUUCGGUUUAGCUCUUGUCAUGCUGGCCCUGACAGAUGGCCAAACGCCAACGCCGAACGCUCAGAUGGUGUGCAGUAACAAGUUUGAAACGACAGUCGGCCCUGAGUGCUUCGAUGCCAACGGGGUGCCUUUUAGUGGAGUGAUCUACAUCCUGAGUAACAACAGGACUGGCUCCCUACCUCCUCAAACGUCUUUCACUGACUUCAUUAACUCGAUAUGUCUCCUAGCUAACCAAGACAAGACAAUACCGUGUGUCCUGUCCAAAAUGCAACAGAUCAAUGCCACUCAGUGCACUCAGGAAGACAGAAUGCUACUCAUGGGCAAAGGUUCCCAGCUUCUUGGAUUUAUGGAGGGAGUCUGUGGAAAACCUUGCGAAACAGAGGCACUCCAGAGCCUGGCACAGUGUUUCGCUGUAAUUCAGGUCAGCCCUGAUCCUAUUCUGGGAGUGAACGCCUCCAUCAUUGAUGACAAGUACACAGUUGUUGGUGCCAAUGAAUCCGAGUACACAAAGUUCUGCAGUAAUCGUAACAAACUAUUCUCCUGUCUCGGACCACUGUCCUCUACAUGCCCAUCUCUCUUGGACAAAUUCAACUUGCUGGGCAUUGACCUAACAGGAUUUGAGGCACUGUCGAGUGUACUGUGCAGUGAUAAAGAUAAAUACAUCAAGGGUCUCACUUGCUUUAAGACUCAAACCCCAGCCAUCACCACCUGCAACACACAGUCAAUGAAUAACAUGAGAACCGUCUGGAUGAACCGCUUCGUGACUGGUACCAUUGCACCUUCCAAAUAUCUGGGAAAACUUUGCGAGGUCAAACUAACUCAGAUGGACUGCGAACUUCAAGCUUUUCAAAAGUCCUGUGACACAUUGACAGAGUUAAAAACAGUCGCUGAAUGCACAAUGCUGCCAAAGUUUUGUAAAGAGAAUGCACCUUACCAAAAAGUUUAUGACGGAAUGUGCCAAAAGGUGACCACUCCUGCAUCCGUUACGACAGUUCGUCCAACGCUGUCACCCUUGGCGCCAGGAACCGUUUCACCAAGAUCUGGCACAAUGACGGGAACCAACAGUGUCAGUGGCCUUGAUGUAUCACUGGCUAUACUGAUAGCCGUGACUGGACUUAGGACAAUUUUUGUCUAGAUUAGUCAAUGAUUGUUCCAUUUAUAAAGCUAAAUUGGCCCAAAAAAAUCAAAUAUAAUUAUAAUUAUUUUAUAACUAGUUCAAACUUUAUAUUUUACACCUUUAAGAAAUUAAAAGAAUGCAUAAUUUAUUUAUUUGGAUGUUUUUUUUAAAAUUAAAAACGUCAACUUCUUCUAAAAUGACAAACAUUGAAAUUGGCAAAAUGGCGUUUUUGAUUUAAACUUCUAAUCGGAAAAUGUUAAAGUUUUUUUUUUGUUCAUAAAGAUUUUAAUAGACAUUUUUUUUCUUAAUUGAAGUAAUAUUGUAUACUUUUGUACAGUAAAUGGUGUUCAUGGAUUGCAAUUAGAACUUAUUUUAUGAACUACAUGAGGUUUUAAAAAGAUUAUUGUUAAAAUACUUUGGUGUGCUUAUGAAAUAGUAUAGGCAAAGAUGCAGGACCAGAAAUUACAAAACUGCUGGAAGAUUUUCGAAGUACAAUCAUUUCAAUAAAAAAGGGGAUUGACAUUGUUAAUACUUCAUAGAAAUGAAGUACUCAACAAUUUUACCAGCCAUUUUUACAUUUAUUUUAUGUAAGAAAAAAAAUGUCCAUAAAUUAUGUAUUUACUUUUUUAUCAAAAAAAUGUAAAAAGUAAUUUCAAUACUCUCGAGGCCUUGAAUGGUAAUAGUUGUUUAAAAGCUAAAUGAUUCAUUCGGUCGUUAAUAACUUACCAAAAAAAAUAUUAAUCAUUGAAAAAAUUAGCUAAAUGUAUUGCAAACUGAAUGGUUAUAUUGAUAUGAUAUCACGAAUUGAAGUAAAGAAAUUUAAUAAUGAUCUAUGAGCCAUUGUAUAUUAGUGUUCUGUUAUUUACAAGUCAAUUUCUCUUGGAAAUAAAUUUUUGUUUCAUUUUAUAUUAAUGUCCUCUUUAUUUGACCCACUUUGUGUAUUGGAAACAAUGUUCCCCCCCCAGUUCUUGGUGACGCAAAACGAAAGGGAGAUCAAGACUCCAGGGAUGACAUCUUUUAUGAUGCUCCUCAGAGCGGACAAAUAAAGUUCACUGGUAGUCUUGGAACCUUUCCUAUAGCAAUGUUGAUUACAUUUCAGAAUAAAAAGAAAGAAUUCUUUUGUAAUCUAAA